AUGAGUAUCUUAGCUUGGAAUUGCCGGGGGCUUUGCAACCCGACAGCAAUUCGUGUGCUCGCGGACCUGGUUUGCUCUAAGAGGCCGAAGGUCAUUUUUCUUAUGGAAACUUUUGUCGAUAGAAGAAAGAUGGAGGGGAUACGAGUUCAGAUUGGUUAUGAUAACGUUUUCACUGUGGGCGCUGUUGGCCAUAGGGGAGGUUUGGCUUUCUUAUGGAUGAAUACUGUGGUACUAGAGAUUACUGGUUACUCCACCAAUCACAUUGAUACUAAGCUUGCACUAGACAUUGAUAAACCUCAGUUCCGUUUUACGGGUUACUAUGGGUUCCCGGAACGACAUAGGCGAAGAGAGGCUUGGAAUAUGCUACGGUCGUUAGCUGCUCAGAGCUCCUUACCAUGGGUUACAAUGGGUGACUAUAACGAUCUGCUACAUCAGUUUGAUAAGCGUGGUCGUCUGCCUCAUCCGGAUUGGUUACUCACGGGGUUUAGGGAGACAGUCGAGGAUUGUGGACUACAUGAAUUUCUGUUUGAGGGCCACAAAUUCACUUGGGAGCACUCUAGGGGUAUAGAAAAUAUGGUUGAGGAGAAGUUGGAUAGGAUUUUCACGACGGAAUCCUGGCUUACUAUUUUCGACGGGGCUCGUGCAACUUCAGCGCUAUGUCCAUAUAGUGACCAUCUCCCUAUAAUUUUGACGCCGGAAACUCUAGAACGGAGAAGUAACAGAAAGAGAUUCUGUUUUGAUAAUGUCUGGCUACGAGAGGAGAAGUGCCGCGAAAUAGUAACUCAGAGCUGGGAACGCACGAUGGGACUGGAUGUGUUUACCAGAAUUGAGUAUUGCGGGAACGACAUAUAG